AUGACGUCCCCGUUUGAAUCCAUCCGGUCUUGCUCACUUCACUUCCUUUCUCUGAAGGUUGCAUUUCUGGUGGCCAUCACAUCGGCAAGACAUAUUUCGGAACUGGCCGCGCUUUCGGUCAGAAGCGACCUGUUAAUUGCAAGUUUUCGAGGAAUAAUCCCUCAUGGCUUAUCAUUGGAGAUUGGAGACACUGUUCAAAUACUAGAAAAAUGUGAUGGCUGGUACAGAGGAUUUGCCUUAAAAAACCCAAAUCUCAAGGGUAUCUUCCCAUCCGGUUUUGUUCACUUGAAAAAUGCAUGUGUUAAGAACAAAGGGCAGUUUGAAAUUAUUAUUCCAGCAGAAGAUUCUGUUAUCACAGAGAUGACAUCCACCUUAAGAGACUGGGGGACAAUGUGGAAACAGCUUUAUGUGAGAAAUGAAGGUGAUCUAUUUCACCGACUGUGGCACAUAAUGAAUGAAAUCCUAGAUCUGCGACGGCAGGUGCUGGUGGGCCAUCUGACCCAUGAUCGGAUGAAAGAUGUCAAAAGACACAUUACUGCUCGCUUGGAUUGGGGCAAUGAACAGUUAGGGUUAGAUUUGGUUCCAAGAAAGGAAUAUGCAAUGGUGGAUCCAGAAGAAAUCAGUAUUACAGAAUUGUACAGAUUGAUGGAGCAUCGUCAUCGCAAAAAAGACACACCAGUCCCAGCAAGCAGCCACCAUCUCUUUGUGCAGAUGAAGAGUCUGAUGUGUUCCAAUCUAGGAGAAGAUCUAGAAAUUAUUUUCUCACUUUUUGAUAGUAAAGAGAAUCGACCAAUCAGUGAGAGAUUCUUUUUAAAACUGAAUCGGAAUGGUUUGCCAAAAUGUCCAGAGAAGCCAGAAAGAUAUUGCUCUCUUUUUGUGAAUUUGGGAAGCAGUGAGCUUAGAAAAGACAUCUACAUUAUUGUGCACAUUAUACGCAUUGGCCGAAUGGGAGCAGGUGAAAAGAAAAAUACUUGCAAUAUACAGUAUCGGCGACCUUUUGGUUGUGCGGUUCUCAGUAUGGCAGAUCUAAUGGCUGAUGAUACAAAAGAUGACCUUAUUUUAAAAGUAUAUAUGUGUAACACAGAGAGUGACUGGUUUCAGAUUCAUGAAAGCAUCAUAAAAAAACUAAAUGCACGCUAUAACCUCACAGGAUCCAAUGCUGGCCUAGCUGUCUCUCUUCAGCUACUCCAUGGGGACAUUGAACAAAUCAGGAGAGACUACACAUCCAUGUUUACCCAUGGAGUAUCAAUAGCAAGGAAGUUGGGCUUUUCCAAUAUUAUUAUGCCAGGUGAAAUGAGAAAUGAUCUAUACAUCACAAUAGAAAGAGGAGAAUUUGAAAAAGGAGGGAAAAGUGUGGCCAGAAAUGUGGAAGUCACAAUGUACAUUGUGGACUGCAGUGGACAAAUUUUGAAAGAUUUUAUCUCCUUCGGCUCUGGAGAGCCACCAGCCUCUGAAUUCCAUUCUUUUGUGUUGUAUCAUAACAACAGUCCCAGGUGGGCUGAACUGCUGAAACUACCUAUUCCAGUGGAUAAAUUCAGGGGAGCACACCUUCGGUUUGAAUUCCGCCACUGUUCCACAAAAGAGAAGGGAGAGAAGAAGUUGUUUGGUUUUUCUUUCGUCCCUCUGAUGCAGGAAAAUGGAAGGACCUUGCCAGAUGGCAUUCAUGAGCUCAUUGUGCAUAAGUGUGAAGAAAAUAUAACCGUUCAGGAUUCUAGUCGCUACCUCAAAUUUCCCUUUUCAAAAGGGCAUCUCCUUGCAAACAACCACCAAGCAAUUAAAUCUACUAAAGAAUCUUUCUGGAUUACAUCUUUCCUGUGUUCAACUAAACUCACACAAAAUGGAGAUAUGCUUGACCUUCUUAAAUGGCGAGCUCACCCAGAAAAAAUUGCAGGUUGCCUCUCAAAACUGAAAGAAAUUGAUGGUUCUGAAAUAGUGAAGUUUCUCCAAGAUACACUAGACACUUUAUUUGGGAUUUUAGAUGAAAAUUCUCAAAAGUAUGGCUCUCAAGUAUUUGACUGUUUGGUUCACAUAAUUAAUUUGCUGCAGGACAGCAAGUUUCAUCAUUUUAGGCCAGUUAUGGAUACCUACAUUCAAAGUCAUUUUGCAGGAGCUCUUGCUUACAGAGAUCUCAUAAAAGUAUUGAAGUGGCAUGUUGACCGAUUUACUGAAGUAGAAAGGCAAGCACACAAUCAGGAAGUAUUAAAGGCCCAAGAAUAUAUAUUUAAAUAUAUAGUUCAGUCUCGGAAGCUAUUCUCUCUUGCUACUGGUGGACAAAAUGAGGAGGAAUUCUGCUGUUGUAUUCAAGAGCUUUUGAUGUCAGUACGAUUUUUCCUUUCCCAAGAAACCAAAGGAAUCAAUGCUUUAUCUCAAGCCCAAGCAAUCUUUCUCAGUUCCUUCCCAGCUGUGUAUUCAGAAUUGUUAAAGCUCUUUGAUGUGAGAGAAGUAGCAAAUUUGGUGCGUAAUACUCUAGGGAGCUUGCCAAUCAUUACAAAUGCGGAUGAUUCUCUUCAAGCAGUGAAACUUCAGUGCAUUGGAAAAACAGUGGAAAGCCAAUUGUAUACCAAUCCAGAGUCCCGGUAUAUUUUGCUACCAGUAGUUUUGCAUCACCUUUAUAUGCACCUGCAAGAACAAAAGGAUCUGAUCAUGUGUGCGCAUAUCCUUAGCAACAUAUUUUGCUUCAUUAAGAAAAAUAGUUCUGAUAAGUCAGUAUUGGAAGAAAUAGAUGUAAUUGUGAACAGUCUACUAGAUGUAUUACUCAGAACCAUCUUGGAGAUCACAAACUGCCCAAAAGCAGCAGGUUCUACCAUGCAGCUUCAGUUUCAGGAUGUUACAGGGGAGUUUGUUUCAUGUCUUUUGUCACUGUUGCGACAAAUGACUGACAGACAUUACCAGCAACUCCUUGACAGAUUCAAGACAAGAGACAUGCUGAGAGAUUUCUUGUUACAGAUAUUUACUGUUUUUCGAAUAUUAAUACAGCCAGAAAUGUUUCCAAAAGAUUGGACAGUGAUGCGUUUAGUUGCUAACAAUGUUAUUAUUACAACAGUGUUAUAUCUUUCUGAUGCCCUUUGCAAAAACUUCUUAAAUGAAAAUUUUGAUUAUAAGAUUUGGGAUUCCUAUUUUUACCUUGCUGUCAUAUUUAUAAAUCAGUUGUGUCUACAGUUAGAAAUGUUCACACUUUCUAAGAAGAAAAAAGUACUAGAAAAAUAUGGUGAUAUGCGGGUGACAAUGGGAUGUGAAAUCUUCAGCAUGUGGCAAAAUAUAGGAGAACACAAAAUCCACUUCAUCCCAGCACUGAUUGGCCCUUUUUUAGAAGUGACACUGAUACCUCAGCCUGACCUGCGGAAUGUUAUGAUUCCUAUUUUUCAUGAUAUGAUGGACUGGGAGCAAAGACACAGUGGUAACUUUAAACAGGUGGAAGCAAAACUGAUUGACAGAUUGGAUAGCUUGAUGUCAGAAGGAAAAGGUGAUGAAACUUACAGAGAACUCUUCAACAGUAUAAUUCCACUUUUUGGUCCUUAUCCCAGCCUGCUGAAGAAAAUUGAACGUGAAACAUGGAGAGAAAGUGGUGUUUCAUUAAUCGCCACUGUAACCCGUCUUAUGGAGAGACUGCUAGACUACAGGGACUGCAUGAAAAUGGGAGAAGUGGAUGGCAAAAAGAUUGGAUGUACUGUCAGUUUGUUGAACUUCUAUAAAACAGAACUGAAUAAAGAAGAGAUGUACGUUAGGUACAUACAUAAACUAUAUGAUCUGCACCUAAAAGCACAAAACUUUACAGAGGCUGCUUAUACACUCUUAUUGUAUGAUGAACUGUUGGAAUGGUCCGACAGACCAUUGAGGGAAUUCCUGAACUAUCCCAUGCAGACAGAAUGGCAGCGCAAAGAAUUUCUUCAUCUCAUGAUCAUCCAGAAUUUUGACAGAGGAAAAGUAAGAGAGUUUUGGUUGCUAUUUUUCUUAUUUGCGACUGCCUUCUUUUGAACAAUUAAUUAUUAAUAUUGCUUGCCAUCUAUUCUUUGAGGUACAUCAUAUUUGAUAUGCAAAUUAAAUUGCACAUACAGUAUAAAAUCUGAAGUUGGCUGUUUAGGGAAAAUUUCAACCUGUAACCCAUACACAUAUUUCAUUUAAUAUAUAUAUCUUUCAGAUAGGUUCAAAUAGUUCAGAUUGUAAUAUUGUUUUUAAAACAAGGAUGAUUCAUAUCUGAUCCAAUAGAGCAGACAUGUCAAACACAAGGUCCGCGGGCCAGAUGCGGCCCGCUAUGUGGUUCCAUCCGGCCCGGGUAUCUGCUCUGGAAAGAGUGAAGGACCAGCCCGCUGCACCUUGGCCCAGCCCAGGCCGACUG